AUGACCACUCCCAUCAAAUAUGAGGUUCGACCAGCAGUCGAUUCCGAUGCCAAGGAAUUAUGUUCCCUAUUGCGGGAAUCAUUCUAUCAGGCAUUCUCAAAAGCAGAUGGGAUGUCUGAAUCUCUCUUGCACGAUUACUUCAAUGAAAUGUUGAUAGAACCUAAACUGAAAGACUCUAUAGCAGAUCCAAAACAUGAUUACUUCGUUGGAGCUGAGAGCGAACAGUCAAAUAAAUUGGGCGGUAUGAUUCAACUUCGAUAUCCAAUUUCAGAUCUUGCAGGAACGGGAACGGGAAAGGGAAAGGACGACGAGCAAGAAAAAGAGGAUCAAAAAGAGGAAGAGAAAGAGGAUCACAAAGAAGUUUAUUUAGCUAGAUUAUACCUGUUACCUUCUUCUCAAGGGUCAGGAUUAGCCUCUCAGCUAUUCAACAAAGCUCAAAAUCAUGCUAAAUCAUUGGGUUAUAACAAGAUCAAAUUAGAUGUUUGGGAUGGUAAUGCAAGAGGAAUAGCGUUUUACGAAAAGAUUGGAUUUGUUAAACUGUAUGAAAACAAAGUCGAAGAAGACAGGUUCAAGAGGACUGAUUGGAUUAUGCGUAAAGAGAUCUAA